CCCCCUCCGUUCCCCCCCCUUCCUCCCAUUCCAUCAAAUUUUAUUGUUUUAAUGAAGAUUUGACAUCAUCUAUGAACAAAGAUGGUCCACCACUCAGGUUCUAUUCAGUGCUUUAGACAGCAAAAAGGCAUGUUCAAGAGUAAAAGUGGGACUGAAAAAGAAAACCAACUUAAGCCAUCAAGAAGAAGUAUGCCAUGUUUAGCACAGAGUCAAACGCAUCCCCAGCAUCUGAAUAAGCACUCAACUUUACACCAGCAAAACAAAGUCCAGCCUCAGCCAGUUAGUGAAGGCUCAUCAGCAAUUAAUGUAGAACAUCUGACAGAUUCAACAAAAGAUACCUACACAGACGAAUCUGAGCAUGGAGUAUAUGACUACCGCACUGAUCAAUCUCUGCUCAUUCAGCACAAACUGAGCAGGCAAAAACAAGGCUCUCGGAAAUCUCAAAAGUGUAAAGAAGAAUCGAUGAAUAAAGAAAAGAGAAUUUUUGAAAGGUUUCCGGCAGAUACUGGACAGAAUGAAAUGAAUUCAGUGGCAUCUCUGGGCCUGUUUUUUAAAGAUGGCAUAAAACGCAUAGAUUACAUCUUAGUGUACAAAAAAUCAAGCACACAACUUGAGAAACGCAACACCUUCGAAAAAAAUCUCAGAGCGGAAGGUUUGAUGUUGGAGAAAGAGCCAGCAGUCACCAACAAUGAUAUUAUGUUUGUCAAAAUACACUGUCCGUGGGAUACACUGUGCAAAUACGCCGAGAGGAUGAACAUCAGAAUGCCCUUCAGUCUGCAGAGGAACAUGAGACAGCUUAAAAGUUGGCUUCCUAAAAAUCCAAUGAAGCUCGACAAAGAAGCUCUACCAGACUUGGAAGAGACUGAUUGUUAUACAGCUCCAUUCAGCCGGGCUCGCAUGCACCAUUUCACGAUAAGCAACAAGGACACAUUCUUCAGUAACUCUACAAGAAGCCGGAUCGUACACCAUGUCUUGCAAAGGACAAAGUAUGAAGAUGGAAAGUCAAAAAUGGGUAUAAACCGACUUCUGAGUAAUGGCACCUAUGAGGCUGCAUUUCCUCCACACGAGGGGAGCCACAAGAGCAGACACCCUAUCAAAACCCAUGGUGCUCAGAACCACCGCCAUUUGUUAUAUGAACGCUGGGCUCGCUGGGGAAUGUGGUACAAGUAUCAACCUCUAGAUUUAAUCAGGAGGUAUUUUGGAGAGAAGAUUGGGCUGUACUUUGCAUGGCUGGGUUGGUACACAGGAAUGCUGAUCCCUGCCGCCCUUGUUGGGUUAUUUGUCUUUCUUUAUGGAUUAUUUACCAUGGAUUCCAGCCAAGUCAGUAAAGAGAUCUGCGAGGCAAAUGACACCAUCAUGUGUCCCAUGUGUGAGAAGAACUGUACACUGCAACGGUUAAACGAGAGCUGUAUUUAUGCAAAGGUUACUCAUUUAUUUGACAACGGAGGCACAGUCUUUUUUGCUAUAUUUAUGGCAAUAUGGGCUACUGUCUUCCUUGAGUUCUGGAAGCGAAGAAGAGCCGUCCUCACUUACGACUGGGAUCUCAUUGACUGGGAAGAUGAAGAGGAAGAGCUACGUCCACAGUUUGAGGCAAAAUACUCUAAACUGGAACGGGUCAACCCAAUUACGGGCAAGCCAGAACCAUUUCAGCCAUUUAGCGACAAACUAAGCCGUCUAAUGGUAUCAGUAUCAGGAAUAUUCUUCAUGAUAUCUCUGGUGCUUACGGCAGUCUUUGCAGUAGUCGUGUACCGCCUAGUGGCCAUGGAGCAAUUUGCAUCCUUUCAGUGGAAUUUUAUCAAGAAAUACUGGCAGUUUGCAACAUCUGGAACCGGUGUUUGCAUAAAUUUCAUGAUUAUCAUGUCCCUCAAUGUUGUAUAUGAAAAGGUUGCCUACCUUCUUACUAAUUUGGAACAUCCAAGAACAGAAUCCGAGUGGGAGAACAGCUUUGCUCUAAAAAUGUUUCUGUUUCAAUUUGUCAACUUAAACAGCUCAAUAUUUUAUAUUGCCUUCUUCCUUGGCAGGUUUGCAGGAAGACCGGGAAAAUACAACAGGCUUUUUGAGAGAUGGAGGUUGGAAGAGUGUCAUCCAAGUGGCUGCCUCAUAGACCUCUGUCUCCAAAUGGGAGUCAUUAUGGUUUUAAAGCAAAUGUGGAACAACUUUAUGGAACUUGGAUAUCCACUGUUGCAGAACUGGUGGUCUCGACGGAAGAUAAAGAAAGGCAGGCAGUCAGUAGAAAGUAAAAUGACAUUACCCCAGUGGGAAAAGGAUUGGAACCUGCAACCGAUGAAUGCACAUGGACUCAUGGAAGAAUAUUUGGAAAUGGUUAUACAGUUUGGCUUUACUACAAUCUUCGUCGCUGCAUUCCCACUGGCUCCUCUGCUUGCAUUACUGAACAACAUUAUUGAGAUACGGCUGGAUGCUUAUAAAUUUGUUACACAGUGGAGGCGACCAAUGCCAGCCCGGGCAACUGAUAUAGGUAUCUGGUAUGGCGUUUUGGAAGGCAUUGGCGUCCUUGCCGUUAUCACCAACGCAUUUGUGAUAGCAAUUACUUCUGAUUACAUUCCUCGGUUUGUUUAUGCGUUCAAGUACGGACCGUGCUUAGACCAAGGAUACAGGCAUGAAAAAUGUCUCCAAGGCUAUGUCAAUAGUAGCCUAUCUGUAUUUGAUCUCAGCGAGCUUGGUGCUGAAUAUUCCGGGUAUUGCAGAUAUCGAGACUACAGAGCACCGCCAUGGAGCGCCAAUCCCUACGAGUUCACGCUGCAGUUCUGGCACGUUCUUGCCGCACGUUUGGCUUUCAUUAUAGUUUUUGAGCACCUUGUGUUUGGAAUCAAGUCCUUCAUUGCAUACCUCAUCCCCGACAUGCCAAAAGAUUUAUGCGACCGGAUGAGGAGGGAAAAGUAUCUGGUUCAGGAAAUGAUGUAUGAAGCCGAGCUCGAACAUUUACAACGGGAAAGGAAAAAGAACGGAAAGCACUAUAACCACGAGUGGCCUUAGGCGACACAAAGGAGAGACUAGACCAUACUCAGAGCAGAUUAAUAUCAUAAAGGGGCAUGUUUUAUAUAAAAGACUACAAUUGUGGGCAUACAUGCACAAGAUCUACUGUACAUAAUCGUACUGUGUAUCGUGCCUCUGAUAUUAUAUACAAAGUCUCUGUAAACUGGAACGUGCAUACAGACAAAAAGUUGCAACGUCACAUCUAAUGAAUUUACACUCGGUGUGCAUUGUGGGUCGGCAAUGAACAAUCCAGUGGAACAAAUGUUCAGAUUUAUACCCUCAGCGCAUGAAGGAUGAUAUUUAGUCAAACAAUUCCAGUGACCGAUUUUACACGAUGUUGCAACGUG